GGGCAGGCAUGCUCAUUCCCAGACAGGAGGAAGUCAGUCCCUGCUCCGGGGGCCUGUGACUCUGUCCUCUGCCUAGAGGAAGGGGGAAGCCAGUGGCCUGUUUGGGGGCCCAGCCCCCAAUCCCACCCAGCAGAGGAAGCCAAGAUUUCUAGCUGACAAGGAGCUAGGAGGCUCACACACCAUCUUGCCUGGGGCCUGGGCAAGCGAGUUGGACUGCGUGCUCUUCCUUGGCAGGUGUCUCCAGGGCAGAAUGGCCCAGGAUCUCAGCGAGAAAGAGCUACUAAAGAUGGAGGUGGAGCAACUGAAGAAGGAGGUGAAGAGCCCCCGAGCUCCGAUUUCCAAGACAGGAAAGGAAAUCAAGGAUUAUGUGGAGGCCCAAGCAGGGAAUGACCCCCUUCUCAAAGGCGUCUCUGAGGACAAGAAUCCCUUCAAGGAGAAAGGCACCUGUGGGAUUAGCUGAUGGCCCAGAGCCCCUCACCCUGACUACCUGUCCCUCGUCAGCCAGGAUUAAAUGUCCGGGGACACACAGGACCUCCUCUUAUUGCAAUGAGUAAAGAUGCCGAAUGAAA